UUUUCUCCCCCGAAACGACCAUCCCCCCUCUCUUCUUCUCUUUCACCGGAGAGUGAGAGUAAAAUUACCAAACCCCAAUUCUACAAUCUGGGUGUGUUCUAAUUUCUUCGAAUCUUUCAGAACAGGGGAGUUAAAAGAAAAUGGAGCGGCGGACGAGCCGGAACUUGAGCCGGAGCAUAAGCCGGAGUUUGAGCCGGGCGAGUUGGAGCAUGGAAGACGUGUUCGCCAACGGGAACCCUUCGCGCAGAAGCACUCGAGUCGACGAAGACGAAGAGGCUCUGCGCUGGGCCGCCAUUGAAAAGCUUCCCACUUACGAUCGCCUCCGCACCAGCAUCCUCCAGUCCGUCAACGAACCCGACCCCCGCCUCGCCAAGGAAGUCGACGUCCGCAAGCUCGGCGUCAACGACCGCCAGGAUUUCAUCGACAGAAUCUUCAAGGUUGCAGAGGAAGACAACGAGAAGUUCUUGAAAAAGCUCAGGGACAGAAUCGACCGCGUCGGGAUCCGACUCCCCACGGUGGAAGUCCGAUUCCAGCAUUUGACCAUCGAGGCCGAUUGCCACGUCGGAAACAGGGCCUUGCCGUCGCUGCCCAACGCGGCUCGAAACAUGGCCGAAUCCGCCAUUGCUUUGCUUGGCAUCAAAUUGGCUAAGCAGACCAAACUCACCAUUCUCAAAGAUGCCUCCGGGAUUAUAAAACCAUCCCGGAUGACCCUUUUGCUCGGUCCUCCAUCCUCCGGCAAAACCACCCUGUUGCUCGCUUUGGCCGGAAAAUUAGACCCAAGUCUAAAGGUGAAAGGAGGAGUGACAUACAAUGGGCACAAAUUGAAUGAGUUUGUUCCACAAAAAACCUCUGCUUACAUCAGCCAAAAUGAUGUUCAUAUUGGAAUUAUGACUGUCAAAGAAACCCUUGAUUUCUCUGCCAGAUGUCAAGGAGUUGGCACUCGUUAUGAACUCAUGAGUGAGCUUGCUAGAAGAGAAAAGGCUGCAGGGAUCAAACCAGAGGCAGAGGUGGACCUUUUCAUGAAGGCAACCGCCAUGGAGGGUGUGGAGAGCAGCCUGAUUACUGACUACACUCUCAAAAUACUGGGGCUCGACAUAUGCAAAGACACUAUUGUGGGAGAUGAAAUGAUACGAGGAAUAUCUGGUGGACAAAGAAAGAGAGUCACCACAGGAGAGAUGAUUGUUGGGCCCACAAAAACAUUAUUUAUGGAUGAAAUAUCAACGGGGCUAGAUAGUUCAACGACUUUUCAAAUAGUAAAAUGCCUACAGCAGAUUGUACACUUAACGGAGGGCACGAUCUUAAUGUCACUACUUCAGCCCGCACCGGAGACGUUCGAUCUUUUUGAUGACAUCAUCCUCGUAUCGGAGGGUCAGAUCGUGUACCAGGGCCCACGCGAACACAUCGUUGAAUUCUUCGAAUCUUGCGGCUUCAAGUGCCCCGAGAGGAAGGGAACCGCCGAUUUCUUGCAAGAGGUUACUUCGAGGAAGGACCAAGAGCAAUAUUGGGCUGAUCGGAGGAAGCCGUACCGGUACGUGUCGGUGUCGGAAUUCGCGGGCCGAUUCAAGCGAUUCCAUGUCGGACUGAGGCUGGAGAACGAGCUCUCCGUCCAUUACGACAAGUCGCGUGGUCAUAAGGCGGCUCUGGUAUUCUCAGAGAAUGUCGUCCCCAAAAUGGAGCUUCUGAGGGCUUGUUUCGACAAAGAAUGGCUAUUAAUGAAGCGGAACUCGUUCGUUUACAUCUUCAAGACUGUUCAAAUCAUCAUCGUAGCCAUUAUUGCAUCUACAGUGUUUCUCAGGACCAGAAUGCACACCAGAGAUGAAUCGGACGGAGCGGUGUUUAUUGGGGCUCUUCUGUUUUCCUUGAUUAGUAAUAUGUUCAAUGGCUUCUCUGAGCUUGCGAUGACCAUUUCGAGGCUUCCGGUGUUUUACAAGCAAAGAGACCUUAAGUUCCACCCUCCAUGGACCUACACCAUCCCUACUGUCAUUCUCGGAAUCCCCACUUCGAUUCUUGAGUCGGUUGUUUGGUUGGUGGUAACAUAUUACACCAUUGGAUUUGCUCCUGAGGCUAGCAGGUUUUUCAAGCAAUUGUUGUUGAUAUUUCUAGUCCAACAAAUGGCAGCUGGGGUGUUCCGGCUCAUAGCUGGAAUUUGUAGGAGUAUGAUCAUUGCCAACACGGGAGGGUCUUUGAUUCUUCUCCUUAUUUUCUUGUUGGGUGGUUUUCUCAUUCCUCGAGGGGAAAUUCCAAAGUGGUGGAUAUGGGGUUACUGGAUAUCACCCCUGACUUAUGGUUUCAAUGCUAUUGCUGUUAACGAAAUGUUUGCCCCAAGGUGGAUGAAUAAGAAGGUUACAAAUAGUAGUAUUAGCUUAGGUGUGAAGGUGCUGCAGAAUUUUGACGUCUUCCCUAAUAGGAAUUGGUAUUGGAUUGGCAUUGCAGCUAUUCUGGGAUUUGCAAUUCUCUUCAAUAUCCUUUUCACCGUCGCACUUACCUAUCUAAAUCCACUUACAAAACAUCAAGCAAUAAUAUCUGAAGAAACAGCAUCAGAGAUGGAGGCCAGCCAAGAAGACUCAAAAGAAGAACCUAGGCUAAGAAGACCUAUGUCGAAAAAAGAUUCAUUCCCUCGAUCUUUAUCAGCUUCAGAUGGAAACAAUACAAGAGAAACCGCCAUGCAAAGAAUGAGUAGCAAAUCUAAUUCCAAUAGAAUGAAUAGAAAUUCCAGUUCCUUGAUCGAAGAGGCCAAUGGUGUUGCACCCAAGAAGGGAAUGAUCCUUCCUUUCAGUCCUCUUGCAAUGUCCUUUGAUACUGUGAAUUACUACGUGGACAUGCCUCCUGAAAUGAAAGAACAAGGAGUCACAGAGGACAGGCUCCAACUUCUACGUGGAGUUACAGGUGCUUUUCGUCCUGGAGUCCUCACUGCACUAAUGGGGGUUAGUGGUGCUGGGAAGACAACGUUGAUGGAUGUUUUAGCAGGAAGAAAAACAGGAGGUUACAUUGAAGGGGAUAUCAAAAUUUCGGGGUACCCCAAAAAGCAAGAAACUUUUGCAAGAAUUUCUGGAUACUGUGAGCAAAAUGAUAUCCACUCUCCUCAAGUCACAAUCCGAGAGUCCUUAAUUUACUCUGCUUUCCUUAGGCUCCCGAAAGAAGUUAGCAAAGAGGAAAAGAUGGUCUUUGUGGAUGAGGUAAUGGACUUGGUGGAGUUGGACAACCUUAAGGAUGCCAUUGUGGGGCUACCGGGAGUUUCAGGGUUGUCAACAGAACAAAGAAAAAGAUUAACGAUUGCAGUCGAGCUUGUUGCUAACCCUUCAAUCAUUUUCAUGGACGAACCAACUUCAGGCCUCGACGCUAGGGCAGCUGCCAUUGUGAUGAGAACUGUUAGAAACACUGUGGACACUGGAAGAACAGUGGUCUGCACUAUUCACCAACCUAGCAUUGAUAUUUUUGAAGCCUUUGAUGAGCUACUAUUAAUGAAGAGGGGAGGUCAAGUGAUCUACUUUGGACCUCUAGGUCGCAACUCUCACAAAAUCAUUGAAUAUUUUGAGUCAAUUCCUGGAGUGCCAAAAAUCAAAGAGAAGUACAAUCCAGCUACCUGGAUGUUGGAAGUAAGUUCUAUUGCAGCAGAAGUUCGACUUGGAAUGGACUUUGCUGAACAUUACAAAUCAUCAUCCUUGUCUAAGCGAAACAAGGAAUUAGUGACAAAUUUAAGCACGCCCCCGCCGGGAGCAAAAGACCUUUACUUUGAAAGUCAGUAUUCACAAUCAACAUUGGGGCAAUUGAAAUGUUGCCUUUGGAAACAAUGGUGGACAUACUGGAGAAGUCCAGACUACAACCUUGUUAGAUACUUUUUCACCUUGGCUGCUGCUCUCAUGAUUGGUACAGUUUUCUGGAAGGUCGGCACCAAAAGGGAAAGCUCAACCGAUCUCACCAUGGUCAUCGGUGCCAUGUAUGCUGCUGUAUUAUUUGUUGGAAUCAAUAAUUGCCAAACUGUACAACCCAUAGUAUCUGUGGAGAGAACUGUAUUCUACAGAGAAAGAGCUGCUGGAAUGUAUUCUGCACUACCUUAUGCCCUUGCACAGGUGUUGGUAGAGAUCCCAUUCAUUCUAGUUCAAACAACAUACUAUACUCUUAUUGUGUACUCCAUGGUUAGCUUCCAAUGGACUGCUCCAAAGUUCUUCUGGUUCUACUUCGUCAAUUUCUUCUCCUUCCUCUACUUCACAUACUAUGGAAUGAUGACUGUAUCCAUUACACCAAACCACCAUGUAGCAGCCAUCUUUGCAGCAGCUUUCUAUGCACUCUUCAACCUCUUCUCUGGCUUCUUCGUGCCGAGACCGAGAAUUCCCAAGUGGUGGGUGUGGUACUAUUGGAUCUGCCCUAUAGCUUGGACCGUGUACGGGUUGAUCAUAUCGCAGUACGGAGAUGACGGGACUGAGAUACGAGUGCCUGGAAUGGUUGAUAAAAUACCUAUAAAAGCUUACAUCGAAAGCCACUUCGGAUACGAUCCGAACUUCAUUGGGCCAGUUGCAGGAGUUUUGGUAGGUUUUGCAGCCUUCUUUGCCUUCAUGUUUGCUUACUGCAUAAAGACGUUGAACUUCCAAAUGAGGUAAAGAAGAACCAGUGAAAGUGAAACAAACACACUCUCCGUAUCAAAAUACAUACUCAAUUCUUAUAAUACUUAGAGAAUGUAAAUAUUAGUAAGUAAGAAUGUAAUGACGAUAAUUUUCGAUCAUUCCAAAAGUUUUGAUAUUAAUAUUUGUACGUUUAAAUGUAAAGGGAUGUUGGAUUGUCUUAAAUUAAAGCAAGCAAAUGUUUCUAUGACAUCUCCCCAAGCUAGCAUGAGAUGGCAUUUUUUUUUUCUUUUCCUCUAUAAAAUAAAGUUUACCCUCACAA